AUGGAUUGGAAAACGCUGCAGGCACUGCUCAGCGGGGUCAACAAAUACUCCACAGCCUUCGGCCGCAUCUGGCUCUCAGUGGUCUUUGUCUUCCGUGUGCUGGUCUACGUGGUGGCAGCUGAGCGCGUGUGGGGAGAUGAGCAGAAGGACUUUGACUGCAACACGCGGCAGCCGGGCUGCACCAACGUCUGCUAUGACCACUUCUUCCCCAUCUCCCACAUCCGCCUCUGGGCCCUGCAGCUCAUCUUUGUCACUUGCCCUUCCCUCCUGGUCAUUAUGCACGUGGCCUACCGGGAGGACCGCGAGAAGAAGAACCGGGAGAAGAAUGGGGAGAAUUGCCCCAAGCUCUACAGCAACACGGGCAAGAAGCACGGCGGGCUGUGGUGGACUUACCUGCUCAGCCUCUUCUUUAAGCUUAUCAUAGAGAUCCUGUUUCUCUACCUCCUCCACAAGAUGUGGGACAGCUUCGACUUGCCACGGCUGGUGAAGUGCUCCAACGUGGAGCCCUGCCCCAACACUGUGGACUGCUAUAUCGCUCGGCCAACCGAGAAAAGAGUCUUCACCUAUUUCAUGGUUGGAGCCUCCUCCAUCUGCAUUGUCCUCACCGUCUGUGAGAUCUUCUACCUCAUCUUCAAGCGAGUUGUGCGGAAUGUGCGGAAGUGGAAGAAAUCCACCAAGCGCUCCGUCAGCUACAGCAAGGCCUCCACCUGCCAGUGCCACCUCAAGAUGGAGGAGAAGGACAAGUCCCAGACUAGGUGUGUGGAAGCCCUGCGGGCCUUGGCUCCCAACCUGACUGCUGCCUGA